CGGGAAAAAUCGCGGCAGUUGGAGUACUUUUCCCGUCAUCCCACAAACGACGCUGGGUGAGUGUGACACUGUGUGUUUGCUGUAAUCAGGAGCCUCCCAAGCGUGCACACGUUCAUCUUCCUCUACAGAGAUAUACAUAUCAUCGUGUUGUUUUCGUCAGAAUUCUUUGUGUGACUUUGUCAGUUUGCAGCGCAGAUCUCAACGGAUGAAACUCUACUAGUGCAUUGUCAUUGGGCAAUCAUAGCGAUCGGUUGACGUCAUCAUCGAUGGCGUGAUCUUCGUGAAGCUUACUGAUUCGAGGUGGGGUGUCAAGUGAAUAAGAUCUACCACCGCCUAGUUGGAAUAGGCCAGUAGAGGCGGUUCAUGUCGGGGAUCUCGCGAGGAUGACGGGGAGGGGGUGGGGGUAGGAAGCGAUUCAUCUCUUCCAUCGUCACCGGGAGUUCCUCGUAUCGGAUGAUCCGGUGGAAGCGGGGGAAAUGAUCACCACUGCGGGGGAGGGAAGCGAGGUAAUCGUGAUAGAAGGAGGAGAGGGUGCGAAAAAGUGCCGCUCGAAAGUUCUCGAAGUGGCGACAGGCGGGGAUUGUCCCGGUGGCAACGCAGUAGACUUCUACGACGUUGCUUUGCUCCCAUGCCGCGCUAAAAAGCAGGAGAUGCCAACAGAAUGUGGGAGCAGCAGACCGAAGGGAGGCGUGGGGGUGGACUGUGGCGAGUAGACGGGUAGAAUAAAAGCCGCGGAAGAUA